AUGAAUACCUCCACCGGCCUGCGCCUCCUGCGCAACGCAACUCAAGGUGCUCUUCGCACAAAGGCUUCCUCAAAGGCAACGAGACAGUCCUUUCGCCCCAUCAGCACAACCAACCCACAAUUCAUCUCAAACACUCCCCGUCGCAGGGACCCCAACGAUCCCUACCACAAAGCCAGCACCGAAGCCGUCGGCCAAUCUGCUGGCCCUCACGAAGGAUCUGCUUCCCGAACAGACAGAGAGAUUGUGGUAGAAUAUCCCGACGAUGAGAAAGACUUGCCUCCAGAGCGACCCCUGCGCGGCAGAGGCGGCGUGCACUUUGUGCGUACCUUGCCCACCUUCUCUCUGGAAGGCAGAACGGCCGUCGUCACCGGUGGUGCUAGAGGUCUCGGUCUCGUCAUGGGUCAAGCCCUCGUCAGCUCUGGUGCAGACCUUGCCAUCGUCGACAUGAACAAGGAGGAAGCCGAGAAGCAAGCCAUCGAGCUCGUCGAGAUGUUUCGCCGCGAGACGCCCGACAACCCGGAUGUCUUGCCCAAGGUCACCGCCCACUACUGCGACGUCUCUGACCCGACCAGCGUCGACGAGUGUCUCGCCGAAGUGCUCGACAAGCACGGCAAGAUCGACCACCUCGUUACCUCUGCCGGGUUCACCGAGAACUUCUCCGCCGAGACGUACCCGUACGACCGCAUCAAGAAGCUUUGGGGGGUCAAUGUUGACGGCACUUACCUCUUCUCCACCGGCGUCGCUCGACACUUUAUGCAGCGCAACAUCACACACGGCAGCAUUGUCAUGAUCGGUAGCAUGUCUGGCGCGAUCGUCAACGUCCCCCAACCUCAAGCACCCUACAACGCCGCCAAAGCCGCCGUUCGCCAUCUCGCCGCCAGUCUGGCUGUGGAAUGGGCACACGCCCACAUCCGAGUCAACUGCAUCAGUCCCGGCUACAUGCUGACCGCACUCACACGUAAAAUCCUCGACGAUAACCCGGAACUCAACCAGAAAUGGACCUCUCUCAUUCCUGUCGGCAAAAUGGGAUCUCCCGAGGACUUGCAGGGUGCCGUGGUCUACCUGUUGAGUGACGCCAGUCGAUACGUCACUGGAGCCGACCUGAGAGUUGAUGGAGGGUAA